AUGGCCGCGCCGGAGGCGGCAGCACGGAAGCGGCGGCUGAAGGGGCAUUUCGCGGCUCGCGCUAAGCGGCCCCGCGGCGGCGGCGGGCGGCAGCUGGAGGCCGGCAUGCGCGGCAUCCUCAUCACCUGCAACAUGAACGAGCGCAAGUGCGUGGGGGAGGCCUACAGCCUGCUGGGCGAGUACGGGGACCUGCUGUACGGCCCCGAGCAGCUCUCGGAGCCCGCGGAGCGCCUGUCGGGGAGCGAGAGGGAGGAGGAGCGGGAGGAGGAGGACGAUGACGACGACGCGGAGGCAGCGCUGAAGAAGGAGGUCGGACAGAUCCGCGCCUGCACCGAGCGGCAGCUGCGGCGCUUCCAGUCAGUGGAGAGCGGCGCCAACAACGUCGUCUUCAUCCGCACCCGCGGCAUCGAACCUGAGAACCUGGUGCACCAUAUAUUAAAGGACAUUCAUACCACUAAAAAGAAGAAAACCAGAGUAAUUCUGCGCAUGCUGCCCAUUUCUGGAACUUGCAAGGCUUUUCUGGAAGAUAUGAAAAAAUACACAGAAACGUUUUUUGAGCCUUGGUUUAAAGCCCCCAAUAAGAGUACUUUCCAGAUCGUUUACAAAGCUCGUAAUAACAGUCACAUGAAUAGAGAAGAAGUAAUUAAGGAGCUGGCAGGAAUCGUGGGCAGCCUUAAUCCAGAAAACAAAGUUGAUCUCAAUAAUCCACAACAUACAGUUGUGGUGGAAAUAAUAAAGAAUGUUUGUUGCUUGAGUGUGGUGAGAGACUAUGUUCUAUUCAGAAAAUACAAUCUACAGGAGGUGGUGAAGAGCAACAAAGAAGACAUACAACAAAACCCAUCAAAUGUGUCUGAAGAACAGAACUCAACAGCCGUAAAACCAGAAACCAUGGAAGAGAACUUGAAGGAAGUAAUACAAGAACAAGAGUGAUGGUGCAAUGGGAGCUGAACUCCAUGGGAAUUAUAUGCAAGCAGUGUAGGAAAUGUGGUAGAAAAGAAAGAUGGACACAAUAGAAAUAAACCUAUAAAAAUAUUGCCUGAGAAUUCAGAAAGGAAAAGUGGGUUUUGUUUUGGAAUCUUGCUUUUAAAAUUCAUAUGGAAGAAUUGUAAUGGUUGCUGCUGGUGGAGCUGACGCUGCUGUGGGUUUCCAAGUGCUUCACCUCUGGUGAGGUUUGCUGCCAUCCUUCAGCAGCUUUGUUCAGUCUUUAGCUAGCACCAAAGUGUGCUUCCAUGCAUGCAUCUAUAAAGGCUGCCAGCCUGCCAUACACUGAACUUUCUGUCCUAUCUGAUGGAUACAGAAAUCAGAAGGCAGGGCGGAAUGAGCUCUGCCAGGAGGUGUCAUCAGAAGUGAGGGGCCUGAACAAGACAGUUGCUUGGAGAGGGUUUUUAGGGAAGUGAUCUGACAACUUUUGGGGCUGCAGAAUUCAAAUCUAUAUUUCUACAGGAACAACAAUGUGAGCUCAAAAUCCUGAUUUUUUUCCUCCUAUGUGCAUCUCUGAAAAAAUAUGAUAAGUCUUGAAAGGGCAUUGGAAGAAUUGCUGUGAUCGAAGUACUUGAAUUCUAUGAGAGGAUGCAGAGUAAUAGAUGGGACUGCUGUAGAACAGAGGUAUCUGCAGGCAUUGCAGAUGAUUUCAGGAAAAGCUCCAUGUGUGUGCAUCAGCUGUGUAUACAGCAGUUUUCAGCUUGCAGCAAAUGCUGCAUGCAGCCACUUAACAGAAUCCUUUCCAACAAUUUAUUGCAAAUAGGUUUUUGUUGGGGUCUUUUCAGAAGCAUAAUACUUGGGAGCAAAGUUAUGAGGUCUGUGUUUUUGUUUUUUCUUAGAUCUCAAAAUUUGGAUUUAAAAACUGCUUGGAAAUUUCUUACGAGGAGCUCUGCAGUGCCAUAUUGGAUAAGGCGAUAUGAGCUUGGCUUUUCAUACAGGUUUAGCCUCACAACAUUCAUUUUGUUCCAUGUUGAAAAUGAAUGUCUGGGUUGUCAGUUUGUUGUGGCACUUCUAGAUAUCACGGUGACUUUAAAACAAACCAAGCCAAAGAGUGCAGCUGCAGCCUGCUUCCUGAGGGGCUGGAGCACUCUUCCUGCACAGCUGCCUAGCGUCAGUGCUCCAUUUCUAGUGCAGAUGCUCGUGGGUUGCUCAUGGGAAAAGCCUGUCCUGAAGAACUCUGCUUUUUCCUUCCCUGAUUUAGCAGGAACGAUUUGUUCAGGUCUCUCUCAAUAGUGUUUCCAUUUUCCUCUUCUCUCAAAACUGUUACAGAAGUGGAAACUAAAGAGGGCUUUUUCUCUUGUCCAGUCUUCCAUACCAUUCGGUUAUUAAAGAUCUGCUUUCUUACCUCCA